AUGUCUGCCACCCGCCCGACAACAGCGGAGCAUGGGCCGUAUGGGGCCCUCGAUCCCGACCGCCCGCAUGCACCGAAGGGUGUAUCCGACUGGGGAUGCGAGGAGUUCAAGAUGAAGUGGUACAAGGAUGCCGACAUCGAGGUCUUCCGGCAAGCCCUGGCCCAUGAAACUCAGGAUGCCGAUCUCUCGGGCCAGCCUGACCUCCCGGCUCAGCCGGACCGAUCGGGCCCAUCGAACCGGUACAACCAGCUAUUGCCCUCGCCAACGCAACGCGUUCCUCCGCGUCGACGAAGCUCGACGCCGUGCUCUUGCAAGCGAACCAGGACAUUCAGGCCUCGUAAGGACGUGGUCAGGGAGGGCUGGGCGUACCACCUCUUCCGAUUGCCGCUCCUGAUCGUCAUCGGUCUGGCGUCCUUGUGCGAGCUUCUGGUGUACGUCUCCGUCAGACAGAUCGUCACUCUGUUCGAAGUCGUCGUCUCCUACAGGGGCCUCGAAGGCAGAUUACGCCGGAAGCUCGCGGCCGCUGCGACCUACGAGGAGUGGAAACAAACCGCGCUAGAGCUGGACGAACUGCUGGGAUUCGAGCCGUGGAAAAAGCACUCCUCCAACGCAUACUACGACUCGAGCUCUGUCCGCAAGGUGCUCGUCAGUCUGGAGCAAUCCCGGCUCAACGACAAUGCCGAGGGUGUCAAGGACGUGCUUGAGGUCUGUCUGCGCGCUAACUUCGCCGGCAUAGAAUCCUUGCGGCUCUACUCUCAAACCCAUCUCGGCACGAAGAACUUGAUCGAAAAUUACGUCGAGGAAGUCGAAAAAUCAAUCAUCUACUUGAGAGAUACGCCGCUGAUUACGGCGCACGAGAAAACAGUCUUCUUCCGGAGGACAGCCAAGAACCUCGGGACAUCUGCGUUAUGCUUAAGCGGAGGAGGGACUUUUGGCUAUUAUCAUCUGGGGGUCAUCAAAGCAUUGGUCGAUGCGAGGCUUCUGCCGACCGUCAUCACCGGGGCAUCGGCCGGCUCACUUGUUGCUGCCCUUUUGUGCACGCGGACCGACGAGGAGCUGGGUCGGAUCUUGGUCCCGGAGCUGGCCGAUAUGAUCACCGGGGCAGAGGAGCCGAUCCAGGUUUGGCUGCCAAGAAUGAUCCGGACCGGUGCACGAUUCGAUACCGUGAUUUGGGCCAAAAAGUCGUGUUUCUUUACUAUGGGCUCUAUGACGUUCCUCGAGGCUUACGAGCGAACUGGACGGAUAUUGAAUGUCUCGGUCAUCCCUCACGACCUUCAUUCGCCGACGACGCUGCUGAACUACAUCACUGCGCCCAACUGUGUGAUCUUCAGUGCGAUCCUGGCAUCGGCUGCGGUCCCAUUGGUGAUGAAUCCAGUGGUCCUCCUAGAAAAGAAGAAGGAUGGGAGGGUGAGGCCGUGGCGGCUCCAGGGGAAACACAAGGAUGGGAGCUUGCGAGUCGACGUGCCGUUGGAAAGCCUGCACAUCUAUUUCAACACCAGCUUCUCGAUCGUCUCUCAGGUCAAUCCCCAUGUCCACCUGUUCUUCUUCCAGCCGCGCGGCGCCCCCGGGCAGCCCGUAGUCCAUCGGAAGGGCCAAGGCUGGCGGGGCGGCUUCCUUCUGAGCGCCCUGGAACAGUACAUGAAGAUCGAGCUGGUGAAGAACCUCCGAGUCAUCCGCGACCUCGAGCUGCUGCCGGCCGAGUUCGGCGGGCAGACGUUCACGGCCGUGUUCCUGCAAAGGUUCGAGGGCACGGUGACGAUCUGGCCGCACAGCCGGCUGAAGGACCUAGUGACGAUCCUGGAAGACCCGAGCCGUGCGGAGCUUUCGCGGAUGAUUGAUGUGGGCCGCCGGGCGACCUGGCCCAAGAUGCGGAUGAUCGAGAACCGGCUGCGCAUCGAGCGCCAAGUCUUCGAGGGUCGCACCCGCACCAAGCAGUCCCGCGAGCCCCUGUUCGACGAGGAUGAGGAUGAUGACGAAGACCAGAAAGACUACGCAACAAAACUCGACGAGAUCCUCCACUCAAACCAACUGCGUCAUCACCAGCAGCCGACCUCAACGCACGAGGACCAGUCCACACACCCAUCGAUCAUCCUGCCGGACACAAAGACCAACGGCCAGGACCACCCAGUGCUCGAGUCCUUCAUCGAGCUCACCGAGUCCGACGAGGGCUCCGUAAAACCCUCGAUCAUCCCAAGCAAUCACCUCCCUCAAGCCAGCAACCAGUCGCCGGUAUCGCCUCCUGUCGUCGUUCCACCCAACGAUCCCUCGCCAAGCUCAAGUCCAAGCACGAGCAUAUCCCAACGGAUCGGAUUUAACCGAAGGUCCAGCUCGAUCACGCCCUCCCACUCGAUCACCGGCUCAAACACCUCCUCAAACCUGUGGUUUACCAACAAGCUGCGCCCCCAAAACUCGCACUUCUCUCGACUAAGAUCACUCCACCCAUCCUCAACAGCCAACAACUCGCCUGCGUCCCUCCAACUACCCAACCACAGAUGCGUGUCCUCAUCAACCCUGGCAUCCUACCACUCCUACGACGACCGUUGUUCGCCCCGCUUCAGACACCAAUCAGAGCAGCCGUACUCGCCCAGCCCCUCGAUCGUCGACCGCAACCCCUCAACAUACUCAAACGGGCUGCAGAGCCCCUCGAUCAUCAUCGAGCCCGACGCCCAGGAAGUCUCGGCCAGCGGGAUAUUCAGAUGGGCCUCCCUGCGCAGAAUCACCCAGAAGAUCUACUCACGCCCCAGAAGACUCCUCCCCUCCACCGCCGUCUCCCCCGCCAACUCCCCCUCCAACACGCUUCUCGGCCUGCCCACGGCCAUCGCCACUAGCGGGGUCAUCGUCGUGGGCACAGCCAAGGGCUGGGCGAUGGUCUUCGACUACGCCUCCAAUCUAAAAUGCGUGCUGGGCAGCGACGCGGUCGUUAGAGAUGCAGGAGCUGUUUCGGCGCUCGCGAUUUCCCACGACCAUACCUUCGUUGCCGUCGGACACAUCAUGGGCCACAUCUAUCUCUACGACCUUGCCAAGCCCAGCCCGCCGACCCGGACAGUGCUCCCGACGAGUCUGCGACUGGUCCAGGAAGGAAGGUCCGAGGGUCACCUGCUCGGAAACCGGAUCAUCCACAUCGACUUCAUCGGCCUCCGCCACACCGCCAUUGUUUCUGCCGACGAGACCGGCUUGGCUUUCUACCACGCCCUGGGACAGGUCCUCGGCUUGGCAUCCACCGAUGUGAUUCGGAUUUUGGGCAAGUAUCCCGAUCAGGGCACGAUAGCCCCCCAAAAUGGCCUGGGUAACCAAAUAAUAGACACCCCUACCGGCGCCGGUCACAGCCGACAGUUUUCGGAUUUCUCGGUCAACAGCGCGUCUAUUGGAGCGCCCAAGUCGCGUAAAUCGACCAAGAUCUUUGGCGCCUUACCACUGCCCCUUGGGCCGACCCCGCAUCCCACAGAUCAUCAUGGCCUGGUGGCGCUGCUGACCUCAAGUAAACUGAUCAUUGUGGCGCUCAAACCGACACCGAGGACGUGCUGGAGAUGCAUGCGAACGGGCUCCGAUCCGAACCAAACCGGGCUCAUUGGGAGCUUGAGUUGGUUCCCAAGCUCGACGGUCAAGGAAGCCUCGGGGCCCAAGAAGACUCGGCCAUCCGACCCCGCCGGACCCCCGCCAACUCAGAGCGCUCAGCUGCGCAACGAGGGCGGGGUCGGGAUGGACCCCCUGUUGGCGUUCUCCUGGGGCAAGACGGUCAGAUUCGUCACCGUGAUCUCCGACCAUUCUGCGUCUCGUCCGCCCGAUAAUCUCGCCAAAGACAGCUUCUUGAAAGGGUUUACUCGCAGGUUGGAGGGUAACUUCCCCAGCUUGAGGUUCGUCGAAGGCAAAAAAUGGAGCUGUAGCUCCAACGUCCUGGCUAUCCAAUGGCUCAGCUGGAGAAUUAUUUGUGUUUUGACGUCCACCCAUUUCGAGGUGAUUGACACUCAGAUCUGGCAGCGCACCGGGCUCGAGCCAAUCGACCUACGCGGCGUCGUCCGCCUGAACAUCUUCAAAGAAACCGCGCUCAAUCAAAGCCACGCCAACCCGCUCGCCACUCCGCCCAACUUCUCGGCUUCGGAAAUCGACUCCGAUCUCUCUGUGGGCGGCUCGGUGGCCGGCAGCUUCAAAGCCUACAAGGGCAAAAUCUUCCUCCUCACAACCGAUGAUCUCCGGCUGGGCAUGGUAGUUUCCUGGGCCGAGCAAAUCCUAGAAUUAGUCGAGGUCGGGGCCUUGACCGAAGCGAUCGACCUGACGACGUCGUAUUGGAUUGGACGGGCCGAUCUCGAGACCAUCGGCCUGCCCAGUGAGGACUCGGCGCGGAAGGCGAUAGUGAAGCCAAAAGUGAUCGAGAUCAUGCGCGCGUCGUUGGAGUAUGUGUUCUCGGACCGUCGGAUGGAGGAUGAUACGCAUUUCGAUCUCGACGGCCGUGGGGUUGAUCGGACGGAACUGUUCGAGGGGCUGGUCCGGAGCUGCGCCAAGGCGUGCAUCGCGAUCGGCGAGAUGGACUUCAUCUUUGAGGAAAUGUUCGAGCAGUAUCAGGAGCACGGCAUCCAGACCAUCUUCUUCCUCCAACUCGAGCCGUUCAUCCUGAGCUCGGACAUCAGCACCCUGCCGACGGCCGUCACCCAGGGCUUGAUCGGCCUGCACGAAGACCGCAAGCAGUUCGAGCUCAUCGACCAGAUCAUCCGGCGCGUCGAUCCGGCCUGUCUGGACAUCAACCAAGCCCUGGCCAUCUGUUCGCGCGAGAUGCUGCACGACGCAUUGGUGUAUAUCUACACCGAAGCGAUGAACGACUUUGUCGGGCCGAUCGUCGAGUUCCUCCAUCUCAUCAAAUCCAUCCAUGCUGGUCGACAGAGGAUCCAACAGUACUGCGAAGAUUCGAACAUCUUCAACCCUUCUGAUUUCGGGCCUGAUCAUCCGCUGAAGGCCGAGGAUCGGAUCGAGGGGCUUGUGCCGAUCGCAUACAAGAUAUUCCCCUACCUCUCCACUAUCUUGAGUGGAUUGUCCUAUCCGAACAAGAUCCCGUACGAAAACUCGAGAGCCUCGCGAGCUAAAUCGGACGUCUAUCAGUUCUUGUUUUCGGGCAAAUCGAUGCAUUGGCCCCAGCCGGAUGGAAAGCUCAUCUUGACUACUGAGGAGGGACAGCAAGAGCCCACCUAUCCCUAUCUGAGGAUGCUAUUGAGCCUCGAUUCGGAAGCCAUGUUGGACACCUUGGAUAUUGCGUUCGAAGACUCGUGGCUGCAUGAGUAUCCUGAGCGGGAGUGCGAGAAACGGAUUGACAGGCAGCUGAUCAUCACGCUGCUCCUGGAAGUUACCUCCGGCGACCCCGAAUUCAGCGCCGGCGAUCGCACGUUCGUCUACAUCUUCAUCGCCAGAAACUUGCCCAAAUAUUCCCAGUUCCUCUCCCUGCCCAACUCGACCUUGCACUCGAUCCUCAUCGGGCUUUCGUCUGAUGACGACCGCAGCACGACCGAGGACCGCCAGCUGGCAGUCGAGUUUCUGCUCUCCGUGUACACGCCGCCGGAUGUCGAGACCGGGGCGGGAGACUUGUUGGAGCGCUUCAAGGAGGCCGGCUUUUGGAAGAUUCUUACGUCGGUCUACACCCAGAGGGAGAUGUGGGUCGACGUCGUCUAUUCGCAGCUGAAGAAUCUGGAGGACCUCGACCUUGCGAUCUUCGAUCAACUGUCGAACACGCUUCGGAAGAUCAAGUCAUCCAAGACGGCUGCGACCACUGAUAAGGAUGAGCGUGUCGAAGUCAAGGUUGUCCAGGUCCUGUUGAAUUCGAUCAAUCAGUUGAUCGAGAUCAAUGUCCCCCAGACAGUCUGCUUGAUCCACAAGUUCAGUCCGCAGACUCAUCUUGAAGUGGUCGAAAGCAUCGGGGAUAUGUUCAACCAGUUCAGGUAUCUGCGAACGCUGCUAGAACCGACUGAGCUCGAUCCAAAUGACGCAUUCCAGGCCGAAGCCGUGUUCAAAAAGCCUCUGGCCAUCAAGCCUGACUUGUAUGCUGCGAUUCGGAUACGCUACGUCGGCCUCUUGGGAAAGCUUGAUCCGAACCAUGUGCUCGACUAUCUCAAAUCCGAACAACCCUUCCUCGCCGAUCAUACCUCAGACAUCGUCAGGAUUUGUCGCGAGGAGCAAAUCUACGAUGCGCUUGUUUGGCAGCUCGACCAGGCCGGAAGGACUCGAGCGACGUUCGAAGAGCUCGACAUCAUCCUGAAAUCGCAGGCCUCGUGCAUCGCCAAAUGGGUGGCGACCAAUGAUGAGGAUGGUGAUGAUCCUUCUGGUUCGCAAUCUAAGACCCUCGAAUCGUGUGUCUCCCAGUUGACCCGAUGCGCGCAUACUGCCGCAGAGAUCUGUGUGGAGCGGACACGGAAUCCCCAGGACGGACUGAGCGGCGAAGAUUGUUGGUUUUACCUGCUGUCGACUACCGUCCAGUGUACCCAAUCGUGUGCUCCCCUGCUGCCUCCCCGAUUGCCCUCUCAACAUCGAGCUAGUGGAGAGCUAGUCGAUCAAGCUUCUCCCGUCGACCCUGAAAAGGACGCCGCCCUGAACGCGAUCGCCAGCUUCCAGGGACUGUUGCCGUCAAUCGUCUCCCUCCUGAUCUCGCGAACCACCUCCUCCCAUCGGAUCUCGUUUUCGAACCUGGUGCGAAGACUGAUCGAAUGCUCAUCCACCAAUCUCUCGACGGUCGAGUCGAAGAGCGGGAGCAUCCCGUCGAACGAGUUCCGCUCGAUCAUCCUGAUGAUCAUGGACACCUACCGCUUCGAAGGCAAUGUGCUCGAGGUCACCGGGCGGUUGAUCGAUGAAGACUUGUUCGAGCAUGUCGACCGGCUGGCCAAAGCCAAGCAGAAAGGAAUCCGGCCGGUCAAUUUGAGCUGCUUCAAGUGCCAGAAACCGAUCCUCGUCUCGGCUCAUCAUCGUCCAUCAAGGGCAAGGAAGUCGAGCAGCCGUUCCAGGGCUCGUCCACUUCCCUCUCGCCAUCCACCUUCAACCGCCAUCCCCAUCACCCCCACCAUCUGGGCCAAUUCGAUCUCGGCCAAGACUCGAGCUUGGGCGACUCGUUCCUGA